AGUUUUUAUCAUAACUGCAGAUAAAAAGAAAUCCUUGUAAUAGAUAUAAAAUGCUACUUAGAUCGAUUUGUCCUUUCUUCUCGUCAAAAUGAUAUACGUGUUAGUUGUUGUUUCAAGAAACACUUGUACGCACAUCACUUGUCACAAGCAUAUAUUAAAAUCCCAAAUAUUUAUAGCCCUGCCACGUUUUCGAGCCACUGAGCAAGGAUACGUGUCCAUGGAUCCUUGCUGACUUGAAGAAAUAUCAUAUCUGGUAUGGUCUCUAUCAUCCAAUGAAAGAGAAGCACGUAGCCAGGUAUUUAUCCCUUUAUUUAAGUCUAUCCACAUUCUCGUCGGAAAGUAAGUAUGAGUGACAAUCGGAGUCAAAGACGGCGAGUUGGAGAGUCGUCCGAAUCGGAAGAUUCUGGAAUUUACAAUGAGAGGAUUCUUAUCUUGGUGUUUGCCUCAAUGAAUUGGGAUAUUCCUACACUAUGUCGAACAGCCUCGGUAAAUAGGAAACUACGUGCAGUUGCGAGAAGGAUUCUAUGGAAAGAGCUUUGCGUGUAUCGAGCUCCGCAAAUGAUAACGGCCUUAACGGACGGCGGUAGAAUUGGCGGCGGAUGGCAGGCGAUGGCAAAAUUGAUGUUCUUCUGCAAUGGAUGUCAAUCGACCCGGCAUUUCCAAGUGUGCCGACCGGAAGCGGGUCACUUCGUGAAAACAUCCCGGUUUUCGAAGACAUCCGGUCGGAGUUUUUUGGUGAAGAAAUGUACAAGUGAUUUGCUGUACGUGAGUGAUCCGUGUGAACAUUCAACUGGGAGCGAUGAUUUGGGGCUUUUCAGAGGGGUAUUUUGGGGGUUUAUGAAAUCUAGGACAAGGGCGAGUUUGAUCAGAAGACGAGUGGAGCUUGAAGAAGGAGCCAAGUGUCCAUUCUGUCGUGCUCGGGUUUGGAGUAUGACGGCGGCUCGGCUCAUACCCAAAAGUGCGGCGCGGCGGCUUGGUUCGAUGGAGAGUGGAUUGGAGUACUUUGUAUGUGUUAAUGGGCACUUAUAUGGUGCUUGUUGGCUGGUUCCUUUAUCGUCUGAUGAUGAAGGUGAGAGUGAGGAAGCUGACCGGAGAUUUGACGACGGCGGCGGCGGCUAUUUUCAUCGCGAGAAUCAGAUAGUAAUAAAUGGGUCUCUGAAUUACGGGCUUACUUCUUGAUGUUCAUCAUCCCCGAAGUUAGCAAGCAGGAUCAUUUUUGUAGUUCAGCUUGUUGUUAACUUGAGAAUAUGAAAUUUUCUGUGUGGAUGAUUUGAUUUCAAUUAAAGUGUAUGAUUUGUUUGAAGUUUCUAAUUCUUAAGAAAUUCCAGUGGAAAAA